CUCCUCCCACGGCAAGUCGCUGCGACUGCGAGUCCACACACUGUGAAAACAAAAAAAAAGAUCCAAUUUUUUGUGCGCUCUCGGUUCGAAAUCUUCGGUUCCUCCUCGCAGCCUCGGCUCCAAUUCGAACCGCGCGCGCCGCGGAUUCGCCAGAUCCCGCUCGCUCCCCGGCUCGCGCGGUCCAAUUCGAAGCGGUUCUAGGGUUCCCCCGGCCCAAGCUAGGGUUUCGGGGUUCGGUUCUGGGCGCUGGAGUACGAGGAGUGCGGGAAGCUGGGGUGUUUGUCCGCCUAGGGCGUGGAUUCUGGGCGUGGAGAUGGGAUAAGGAAGCGUGGGAGUUGGAGGGCUUUGGGGGCUUUUGGUUGAGGCGUGUUUGGGGGGGAGAGGAGCAGCUUCGGUGAGCUAGGGUUUGGUGGUGAGCUGAAGAAGGGGGGCCGGAGAUGUUCUACUCUCAGUUCAUCUUGGCCAAGAAGGGGCCCCUCGGGACCAUAUGGAUCGCGGCGCAUUUGGAGCGGAAGCUGCGCAAGAAUCAGGUCGCGGAUACGGACAUCGGUGUCUCCGUAGAUUCAAUUAUAUUCCCUGAAGUUCCGAUUGCACUUCGAUUAUCAAGCCAUCUUAUGCUAGGUGUGGUCAGGAUCUAUUCUCGCAAGGUGAACUACCUAUUCCAUGAUUGCAGUGAAGCUUUGCUGAAGAUAAAACAAGCCUUUAGGUCUACUGCUGUUGAUCUUCCCCCUGAAGAAUCAACUGCUCCUUACCAUUCUAUAACACUUCCAGAGACCUUCCAUCUUGAUGAUUUUGAAUUACCAGAGGAUGCGUUUCAGGGUGACUUUGAUCAUCAUGUAAGCACAAAAGAACAGAUCACAUUGCAAGACAACCCAGAGAAAACAGGAUACUCAACAUCCCAAUUUGGCUUAGAUGAAAGGUUUGGUGAUGGCAAUUCUUCACAUAUUGGUUUGGAUUUGGAAGAGGAAUUGAUGCUGAACAAGGACCACUCAAUUCAACUUGAGGCAGAUGAUGGCAUUAUUAUUCAAGGUCGAUCAGCUGUUCAUGCUACUGAUAUGGAAGUUGAUAACCAAAAUAAAGAUGAAAGUGCUGAAGGGUACAACAUGGAGGAUAGACCUUCCAGUCACAACAAACUAAAUCUGUUGAGUGCAGAUGGUCUAGUAGGAAACAGUGUUCCUAAUUGGCAUACUUACAAUGUGCAGACACCUGAUCUGAAUGAUAUGCUAUUGAACAAUGAUGGGAAUGCAGGACCAUCAGCUUCAUACUAUCAACCUAGUCCCUUCCCUUGUGAUGAACCUACAUCACCAGAGUUUGUAAGUGCCCAGGCCCCGGCUACACCUGGCCUAAUGGAAGAGACAGUUCCGUCAAGAGUGCAUGAAAGUCCUGUCCUGAGUCCACAGCGAAAAGCUUCGCCAUCAAGCAAUGAUGAAACUGCCAAGACUACUGAAAAUGCUAAUGUUCUUGUGGGUGAUGAGGCAACUGAACUUGGAUUGACAAAGCCUGUGCAGAUCGAAUCUUCUGGUGCUGUACAGGAGAUUGAUUCCUUGAGUCAACAAUGCGCAACGGGGGAAUUGCCACCUCAAUCUGAAAUCUCAAACUUGGAAGCUACCAUGGACAAGGCAGUGAUGAAUACUGACAAUUUAGCUGCAUCAGGUGAAGCUAUAGGUGCUAGAGAAACCGCUAAAGAUAUGCCCUUGGUUGAAAAUUCUUUAGAGCUAUCUGCUGAUAUUCCUAUUGAACCUGUGAUAAAGAACCAAACACAGUUUAAUGAUGGAUCAGUUGACGUGCAAGAGGGCAGUCAGCAUGCACCUCCGGUUAUAAUAGCAAGUGCAGAUUCUCAGGUGAAUGUAGAAACAUCAACACAAGAAAUCGCAUCUAAUGAUAGACCCAAUGACCUGUCAACCUUGGAAUUUCCAGAACGCGAGAAAAUGCUGUCAGCUCCAGAUGUUGAAUUCUACCAGGCAAAUGACUUGGGCCAGGUAACUGCAGAAAAGGGAACCACUGAAUCUGAUGGAAGUAACAAAGUGGGCAGUCUUACUAGCAGAAAAAGGCACUUGGAGGACAGUUUGCCUGCACCAGAAAGUGCAACUACAGAAAAAUUAUCUAGCAGAUCACGUGGUAAAAGAACCAUUGACGAUAUUCCUGAUGAUGAUGAUUUACUGGCAUCUAUAUUAGUUGGUAGAAGGACCCCUGGAUUGAGGCUUGGUUCAACACCAAUCCUGUCUAAGGCGUCAUCUUUGAAACGUCCGAGGUUGGCAUCGAAGACUACCACACCAAAGAGAAAAGUGCAAAUGGAUGAUGCCAUGGUUAUACAUGCUGAUACCAUACGGCAGCAGUUGAUCAGCACUGAGGAUAUAAGGCGUAUUCGUAAAAAGGCUCCAUGUACCCGUUCCGAAAUAUGGAUGAUCGAGAAAGGUUCCUUGGAAGAUGAGAUAUUCCUUGAACCCAUCUUUUCCUGCAUGUGCAAGGAGCUAAAUGAUUUGCAAUUUCGGACCUAUGAGACUGUUGCUCAUACCACUGUUCAUAAUAUGGAAAUACAUGGACGGCUAGAUAUCUCCCAAACUAUGGCAGUCGACAGCAACGAUGUUGGCACCUCUGGCGCAAAGGACAGUGGAAAUCACCAAGAUCAUCUAGUGUUACCAGAUGGAAUUGAGUCAGAUGCAAUGCAGCCAGAAGGAACUAAUGCAGCAGAUGCUAGAGUUGAUUUUGAUUCACACAUGCCGUCUGACAUACAGGUUAACAAUGUUGAAGGAGUAACUGAACAAUUAAUUGAAAACGAGAAAGAAACUGCAGUUGUUACUGCCAAUAUGAGUGACAGUGCUCAAGUUGAUUCACUUGAUAAGGAAUGCCUUCAAGAUGUACCAACUGAUCUGCAGAGGAGCACAAACACAGAUACACCUCUGUUUGUGCUAGAUGACAUGCCUGGUUCUGCAACUAGGAUUUUGGACGGUCCAGAUGUGGUUCUGGAUAGCUCUGACCCAGUUUCUGCACAAGCAAUGGAUGAUAUGAAAGGGGAGUUGAAUGGCAUUGUGCACGAUAAUGUGAAUGCAUUUGAGAAUAAGGAUAUGCCCGGUUCAGAGAUUACCGGAUUAGAAUUUACUCAAAAUGCCUCUGGUUUUCUUCAGCCAACAGAGGAUGAAAAUGUUCUGUCCGCGAUGGGUGAAAAUUCUGGAUUGCAAGAAAAUAAUGCAGGAUCUGUUAUGGAUCUGGACAAUAUGGGGCAUGACUUUGCACUAAAGGAAUGCAGUGAUUUUGGUAGUGCGAUUCAGGGUGUUGACACAGAUUUUCUGAACUAUGAUGAUGAGGUGGAUGGUGACGAGGCUAACGAUGAUGAGCCUAAUCCUGACGAAUUCCAGUCCCUUGAUAAUAGUGGCUGGUCUUCUCGUACUAGGGGUGUCGCAAGAUACCUCAAAACUUUAUUUGAUGAGGAAUCUGGUCUGGGGAGAAAGAGUGUCGCCAUUGAUCGCCUGUUAAGUGGAAAGACUCGGAAAGAAGCAUCAAGGAUGUUUUUUGAGACAUUGGUUCUGACGACAAAGGACUUCAUAAGUGUGGAUCAACCAAACCCCUUCGAUUUUGUGAGCGUGAAGCCAGGGCCAAAGCUCCUGAAGUCAGAUUUCUAGAUCAAAACCCAGCUAGCGUGGCACGAUACAUACAUCUUACCAUAUCUGUCACAUUACCGACAACAUACAGAUCUUGCAUCGCCAUGACCAUCAUUUUUGUUUGUUCUUCUGAAUUUACUCCCCCCCUCUGUAGUAUCCCCGCACUAAUCUGUGUUUACUAGGCCUCAGUAGGAUCUUGUUGUACCCUCCACCCUUGUUGGCUAUUCAGUGUAUAUAUGAUUAGUUCAUGUAAAGUCGCUUGUGUAAUGUGAUAGCAUCAGCUCUUAAGUCCUUGUCUAUUGUUGCUUUUGAAUAAACCUUUAAACCUGUAUACUUGCUCUGAGCAACCUGUCGAUCAAUUUCAAAUUUAUUCAGAUUCGUAGAUCAAUCAUGAGAAAAA